GUGUUUUUGAUGGAAACGAAAACAUUAUAUUUGUAAACCCUCAAACAAGUCGGCUAAAAAUUAAAAACAUCAUAUUCAUAUGCUCGGAUUCAGAGUUGAAGGAAGAGCAGAGAAAGAAAAAGUCAAAUGGAUGAAUCGAAAGAUAAGAUGAAAACCAUAGAAACAUGGCUCAAAAACCACGAUUCAGUUUACCAAGCAGCAAUUCGUCACGCCUUUAUUCAAUCCAUUCGUGAGGGUACUGUUGAUUUCUCCUCUUUCAAGCGCUGGCUGGGUCAGGAUUACAUAUUUGUAAGAAGAUUUGUUCCAUUUGUUGCAAGUGUGCUGCAAAAAGCUUGUAAGGAAUCAGAUGAUGAAUCAGAUAUGGAGGUAAUUCUGGCUGGCAUGGCUUCUCUGAAUGAUGAAAUUGAUUGGUUCAAAAAAGAAGCUGCGAAAUGGGAUGUCGAGCUUCCUGCCAUCGCUCCUCAGAAAACAAAUCAGCACUACUGCAGGUUUUUGGAAAGCCUGAUGCAACCAGAUAUCGACUACACAGUGGCAAUCACAGCCUUCUGGGCAAUAGAAGCUGUUUAUCAGCUUAGCUUUGCUCACUGUCUUGAAGCUGAUGCGAAAACUGCUUCAGAAUUCCGACAGGCUUGUGAGAGAUGGGGUAAUGAAGGGUUUGGACUGUACUGUGACUCCCUUCGGAAGAUUGCUAACCGAUGUUUGUCAAAGGCGUCAGAUGAUGUGCUCGUCAAAACCGAGGCAAUGCUUUUACGAGUUCUCGAAUUAGAAGUCGAGUUUUGGAAUAUGAGUGAGGGACGGAUCAAUUAGAAGCUUAUACAUAUUGUGUACUAAUGUAUGCUAGUUUUUGUUCUUUUUCUUUUCCUCUAUUCUUGAAUGUUGGAAAGUGUUAAAAUCUUUUAACUUAACAUACGUUAUCGGGUUGACAGAAUUGUGUAAUUGUGUUAAAUGUUCAUCGAGUGAAAUACGUUGUGUUUAAUGAUUAAGAGGUAUGAUGCUAGAUGGUUAAAAUGUCGCAUUGCAAAAGAUUUUGGGUUUAAGAUAUGUUGUAGAAAUCGUCAACACGGUAGUCGCUCACUACUUUCUUUGAAGAUACCUGUAGGGAUGACAAAAUGGGCAGAUGGAUGCAAUAUGCCCUCCAUUCCGUUUCCCACCUAAAAUUCCACACACCACCUACCCAUCUCCCAUGACGCCAUGGCGGGUAAAAUUUUCAUAUCCAUGACUGUUCACCCAUGUAUACAUUCAAAUUCAUCCCCACCCA